AUGGUGCAGUUCUUGGUGCUGAGCCACUACUGGCCGCUGGUGCGCUUCUUGGUGCCGCUGGGCAUCACCAACAUCGCCAUCGACUUCGGUGAGCAGGCCUUAAAUAGAGGUAUCGCAGCUGUCAAAGAAGAUGCUGUAGAAAUGCUUGCCAGUUAUGGGUUGGCCUACUCCCUCAUGAAGUUCUUCACCGGUCCAAUGAGUGACUUUAAAAAUGUGGGGCUGGUGUUUGUCAAAAGUAAAAGAGACAGAACCAAAGCAGUUUUGUGCAUGGUUGUGGCUGGUGCGGUGGCUGCUGUAUUUCACACUUUGAUAGCAUACAGUGAUUUGGGAUACUACAUUAUCAAUAAGUUGCACCAUGUGGAUGAAUCGGUGGGAAGCAAAACAUGCAAGGCCUUCCUUUAUCUUGCCGCCUUCCCUUUCAUGGAUGCCAUGGCUUGGACCCAUGCAGGCAUUCUUCUGAAACACAAAUACAGUUUCCUUGUGGGCUGUGCCUCCAUCUCAGAUGUCAUUGCUCAGGUGGUUUUCGUAGCCAUAUUGCUGCACAGUCGCUUGGAGUGCAGAGAGCCCCUCCUGAUCCCCAUCUUGUCCCUGUACAUGGGGGCACUCGUCCGAUGUACCACCUUAUGCCUGGGUUACUACAGAAACAUUCAUGACAUGAUUCCUGACAGGAGUGGGCCCGAGAUGGGGGGAGAUGCUACGAUAAGAAAGAUGUUGAGCUUCUGGUGGCCUUUGGCAUUAAUUUUGGCCACUCAAAGAAUUAGCCGGCCUAUCGUCAACCUCUUUGUGUCUCGGGAUCUGGGCGGCAGUUCAGCAGCCACAGAGGCAGUGGCAAUUCUGACAGCUACAUACCCAGUGGGACACAUGCCAUAUGGCUGGUUGACAGAGAUCCGAGCUGGUUAUCCUGCCUUUGACAAGAAUAACCCCAGCAAUAAAAUGGUGAAUACCAGCAGCCCCGUCACAGCAAUGCAUAUCAAAAAGUUCACUUUCGUCUGCAUGGCCCUGUCCUUAACGCUCUGCUUUGUGAUGUUUUGGACUCCAAACGUGUCAGAGAAGAUAUUAGUUGACAUCAUUGGAGUGGAUUUUGCCUUUGCAGAGCUCUGUGUCAUUCCUUUGCGUAUCUUCUCCUUCUUCCCAGUACCAGUCACAGUAAGGGCGCACUUGACAGGAUGGCUGAUGACCCUAAGAAAGACUUUUGUGCUAGCCCCGAGCUCUGUAUUGCGGAUCAUCAUUCUCAUCACCAGCCUGAUUGUGCUGCCUUACUUGGGUGUCCACGGAGCCACCCUGGGAGUUGGAUCCCUUCUAGCUGGCUUUGUUGGAGAAUCCACCAUGGUAGCAAUAGCUGCGUGUUACGUUUAUCAGAAAGAGAAACAGAAGAGGAAUGACAAUGAGACCACUAGAGAAGGUGAAGAUUCAGCAAUGACCGACAUGCCUCAGACAGAGGAAAUGACGGACAUCGUAGAAAUGAGAAAAGAGAACGAGUGA